CCCCUCGGUCACAAGUGUGUUUCGAGAGCUCUACAACCCUGCCCCAAAGUCUUCUGCGCUCUUUCUUCGGGCGACUAUAGUGGGACGCUUUGUAACUGUCAGGCAUCCAAGACAAAGACAGAAAUCCACAAUGGGGAAGCUCUACUACUUCCAAACUCCCACCUUCGACAUCAACCCCGAGAGCGAGGCGGCGCCCAAGCUGGGGAGCAUCUUCGCGACGCUUGAGACGCUCACGGCGCCGCUUAACCAAUUCGAGCACGUGAGGCCACCCACGAGCCUCGUCAACGAGAGCUCCAGCGCGGACUUUGAAGAGACGGCUGGCAGCAGCCUUAGAGUCACCGUGACGUACGGCGCUGGGCGAGGGUCGGGGGACCCCAUCUACGCCUUUGCGAGCGAUAAGAAGAACGUGUACAGCUGCAAGCUGCUCGAGACGGUCGAGUUCUCGCCCACGGCUGAGUUCGUAACCGAGUGCAUACGCUCCUCGCAGCAGGUGCAGCGUUUUCUAGAAAGCGCCUUCGUGGGCCGCAAGCGCGUCUACAUGGUGACGGGCCUCAAGAUCGCCGCGGGCUUCUCCACAUCAUCGACCGGGGAGACGCAACACAACCCCAAGCAGAAAAUCAACGUCGGCGCCACCCCCACAGGCGUGCCUACAUUGCUGGGCGGGCCGGAGCUCGACAUCGCGAUGUCGCCGGGGCGGACCUUGGCUCACGGCUUGACGGCCAACAAGAUCGUCGUCGCCUACCGCGUCAUCCGAGUCAAGGUGAAGUGGGACGGCGAGGCCCAGUACAAGUGCAUGUCGGGCGGGAAGUAUAGGACAGACAGCAGCGACGAGGAUAGUGAUGAUGACGACAAGUCCGGCGGUAAGAAGGACCAGUGGGACCUAGAGCCACUUGACGAGGGGGACAUUGCUAGGGAGUUUCCGGACGCGGUGAAGAUAGAUGUAGAGGAGAGCACAAAUGUUGAGGCGAACGUUUGAGCACUAUAUGCAUGUGUCUCGUGGGUUCGACGAGUCG